AAAAUACGAGCCACCAGAGACAUAUUUGAUUACUGCAUACCCUUGUGACUCUGGGACAAGAAGUACUCGUGUGUAAGAGAGAGAGAGAGAUUCAACCAAGUCCGUCAAGAGGAUAUCGAACCAUGCCGUCCACGACCACCACCGCAGCCUCAGCCACCACCACGCUCAACUUGACGGCGGCGAAAUCUUCGAGCGCGGACGUCGAAGAUGAAGACAUCUACGAUGAGAUCGAGAUUGAAGACAUGACUUACGACUCGAACCUCGAAAUCUACCAUUACCCAUGCCCUUGCGGGGAUCGCUUCGAGAUCGGCAUCGCCGACAUGCGAGACGGUCAAGACAUCGCCGUGUGUCCCAGUUGUAGCCUGAUGAUACGGGUAAUUUUCGACGAGGAUGAUUUGCCCGCAACAGAUGAAAAGAGUUGA